AUGGUUGGAAGACAGACGUUCCACAUGGAUGGUGUAAAUGGUACCGUGACAAUAAUGGAUGAGAGUCCUGCCUCUAGCCCGAGCUCCAGUCCCAGUCCAGACUUGCUGUCCGCGGACAGACGGCGUACGGAGGCCCUGUCGCGCUCUAGGGUGGUCCAGACCAACAGUCUAGGUGGCAGAGGGCGACCGGCUGCAGCUAAUGCAGCCCGAGAAAGAAGUCGAGUUCAGACGCUGCGACAUGCUUUCCUGGAGCUACAGAGGACACUGCCCUCGGUGCCACCAGAUACCAAACUGUCCAAACUUGACGUCUUGAUCCUGGCUACCACUUAUAUUGCUCACCUGACGAGAACCCUUCAAGAAGAAGGCAUGGAGGAAGGAGAGAGCACGAGACAAACUGAAGUGUUACACUCUCUCAAAGGCGAGGGCUACCUGCAUCCCGUUAAAAAAUGGCCCAUGCGAUCCAGGUUGUACAUCGGAGCUACCGGACAGUUUCUGAGCACCUCUGGGCAGGCUGAGAACUCGAACCAAGGCGAAUCAUCCUCGAACCCUCAAACAUAA